AUGUUUUAUUUAAAAAAGGAGAAAACCUUCGACGAAUUUCACAAAAAUAUUUCGUUAUUUGCGCGCGAGACGAGACGAAUUGACGUCUCGCGACGGACGACGACGACGACGCCAACAGCGACGACGACAACGACGAUGCGUCUUAUGGGAUGUAUGAUUGGGCAUUCAACGAUUGGCGAUGAAGAACGUGAACAACGAAAGGUUCCUCUUUUUUUAUCAAUUCCUUUUUGUCAUUUUUAUCAGUGGAAAGAGAGGAUUAAACUUUUCGCUGCAAACGUUAUGAUAGGGACUGUUAUCGUAAGAGUAAAUAUUGGAUGA